AGACAGCGUGGCUGCAGUGCUGCAGCAACACUUCAUGUCCAGUCGACCAGCUUUACCCGAGAGCCCACAGCUGCUGCCCACAACAACAUCCUCAGGGUUAACACUUCAGUUAGGACUUAUUUCUAAAGAAAAAAAAUAAUACUAUUUUCUUAACGAGCCUAUCGCUUCAAGAGGAUCUAAUGACGACGCGGAGUAAGGACUCCUGCCACGGUUAGCCCCGGCUCAUCACAGCCUGUUCGCCCGGAGCCGGGACUCACCAACCGCCGGCCGCUGGGAUCCGGAGCGGCUGGACGGCUAACUGACUGGCAUUAGCCGGGGGAGAGCCUCCAGACCCAGCAUCCUCAUACACUCGGCUGCGUUGACGCCCACUAGAAAGGGUAAGCUAGGACGUGAAAAUACUCAUAUUUUAAUCCUUUUAAUAGGAAAACUACCUGCUUUUUAGGUUGUAAUAUGUAUUCACCAACAAGGGCUCACCGUUAGCUGCUAGCUUGUGAACAAGACAUAUACAGCUACCGUUAUUCAUUUCUCAAAUUGGAUGAUAUUAGGAGGAAAUUGAGCUUUUUCGAGAAGAGUGUUUUCACAUAACUGUAUAGAUUACUCAUUUAUCCUCUGAGGAGUCAUAGUAUGGUGUAGCUGUCAUUCCCAAACACCCUGUUAGCUAACCUGCAGCUAGCCAGUGUAGUAACCUGUCAUAUAUAUAAAUGCAUAUAUAGAUUGUCUUCUAAUAUCCUUCUCUGUGUGUGACAGCAUGAAGAUGGAUUGAAACAUGAAGGGCGGAACUGUCCCAUCAUCCAAAUAGGAGGGCUUCUCUCUUGGGUAUGCUUCAAAAAUUCCUCUCGCCAUCUGUUUUCAAUACAUAGUUUAUUAUGUCCAGUAGAGAUGUAAUCUACACAGACAUGUUGUAUCCCUGUUGGCAUACAGUACAUCUCAAAUUGGCACAUCAUAAGUUGGUUGCAGGAGCUGAUCAGCUGUGCUAUAUGAUAUACAUGUGUAGCCAUAACAUUAGGAACACCUGGGCAAGCCAAUACAAAAUACCAUUAAUUUAGCAUUUACCAAACCUCUACAUUUUCAUUUUUUGACAUGGUCACACAGUUGGUGUUUAUUUGUUAAAGUAAUUGUGUAUAUUGGUGGCGCAUUAUACUUCUUCUCAUUUAAAGGUGGGGUAGGCAGGAAUCUGUUAGAGAAGCAUCUUUUUUUGUGGUGUAUAUACAAAAGAGCUUUUAAUAUCAGUCAAUAGCUGUUAGUCAUUGAUGACAUUUGGGAAUAUCACAAUAUUACUGUGUUUUGUUAUGUCUGUCUAGUCAACAUAUCUGACUGUAAACAAAGACAUUUCCCGCCUCCCUCAUCCUGAUUGGUUGUGAGGCAGAUGCUACUUCGUGUCGUUCAGGAGCCUAAACAAAGUUAGCGUGCUACAAUAUCGGACAGUAGAAACCAACCAGAAAGUACAGAAAAUUGUCUGAAUCCUCCUUUGGCCACGACUGCCGACACAAGCAAGAAAACGAAGUAAAUACCGGAGACUCUGGUGGUGUAACGGGCGAUUAAAACGGAGGUAGACCGGACAAGAGCUAAGAAGCCAGGUCAACAAUGAUGGGGGAUGCUUUGGGAUCUUACGGACCCUGUAACCUGUAAACUGUUGACCUCGGGUCCUGGACUAUGUCACUUUAUCCUAGUUGUAGAAGUCCUGCAAACAUUGUGUUUGCUGGUAGUCUGUUGGCAUCUACAGUAGCACCAAUGCUUUUUACUUUCACGUUGACUGGGCUCCAUUUGUAAUUAUCUGAAGUAUUUAUCUGCAUUAUAUCUGAAUUUAAUUGAAACGAUUACAAAGUGAGAAGGAGCGUCUUUUUGUGGGCGGGGCUUGCUGGAGAGGGAGAGGAGAGGAGGAGCUGAGGGGAAAACUGGCUGGGAGGGGUAGAGUUUACACUCAAGAUUUCUCCCAAAAACUGGCACUUCCUCAGAUCCUGCCUACCCCACCUUUAAGUGUGCACAACCACCAACCGAUAAAUCUUAAUUAUUGUCUAUAAAAUGCAGUAAUCACCUGUCUGAUCACGACAACAAAAACUAAAAACAAAGAAGCCUCUUGACAGAGUUUGUGUCAGAGCUUUUGUAUCGGAUUGCUGUGGUAUUCAUAAAGUUCAAUGAGGUAAGCCGUAUGUUUUAGCCCAUAUUUAGCCCCUUUUUUCCCCCCACUUUUCCCCCAAAAGUAUUGUUUCUGGAAACUGGUGACCUUAAGAAUCCCACUUUGCUCACAGCUGCAUGUAAACACGAAAAGCCAUUCCAAAAAUAGACAAUUGAGCAGCACCAGUAAGAAAAACAGCCGAGGACCAUACAUUAUCCUACAGUAAUUCAGAAAAGACUGGAGUUAGAAAAAGCAGUUAUCUCUGGAUAUAUACAGUUUUUGAUAAGCAGAUUCACAGGUGUGUUGUUGAACAUCUGUGCGUGUCAUUCUGGGUCAUUAAAGCUUACUUUAUUUAGCAGGUAUGCAAAAGUUAAGCUAUGUGCACAUGUUGCUGUAUUUCCUGUACUGCUAAGAAUUGACCUUUUAAACUGUUGCUGUUAUUCUGUCUGUAUUACCCCAGGGGUUGUGCGGUCAUGAAAUAAGGAAGAAAAUGCAUGACAGAUUUCUUUAUUUGUUUAUAUAUAUUUACAACAAUGGAAGAAAUACAUGACUUUAGAUAAUUGAGAAAUGUAGCUCUUAUUUUGGAAAGCAUCUCCUGCCCCUUAAUAUACUAAGAAGAAGAAGAAGAAGAAGAAGAAGAACUUUAUUCAUCACCGAAGGGAACUUCAAUUGUCUGUUGUCUCACAUAAUAUAUCUCUAAUAGUUAUCUUCUGUUUACACAAGAGUUAUAAAGUCUGAUGGCUGUUGGUCCAUAUGGUACAUAUUACAUACGUAAUAUGUCUCACAGCCCUCACUUUGGGAACCACUGCAUGAAUAUAUUUAUAAUUUGAAGGGUAAUUUGGGUUCUUGGCUCAGUUGACAACAGCAAAAAAGCAACAAUGGGCUAGGUAUCCGAAUCUGCUGUCGGCUAAACUGUAGUUUUAAAUACAGAAAUCAAUGUUGGCCCAGAUUCUUUGAGUGGGUGCAUCCAUAAUAUUCAAUGUUAGAUUUUUUUUUGAGCUGAAAAAAUAAUUAAAAAGCUAAACAAGUGGAGAAAUGAUGCUGUAAAUCAACCGCGUUUCACAAGUGAUCUCUCGAAACCACUUUGUUGUGUAAUGUGGUGCAACUGGCCAGACCUUCUGCUAACAACAGCGUGUUAUGUACUGCAGAGACUGAGCUUAUGUGUGAACUUGCCAACCUUCCACUGUUGUGUUUCAGUAUUCAAAGCAAGCUCGUGUCUCUAGGCCAAUCUUUCCCCACUCCCCACAUCCUGUGUUGUGAGGAAGCUUCCUCUUUUGUCCUAAAGUGCUUAGCUGCAUCCUGAUCAGGGUCACAGAUCUCAGAACAGCUCAAUAGCUGGUUUGUUCUAACUCAGGGGUUUUGAGUUUAAGCUAGUUUUUGUCCAUAUUUAAUGCCACCAUUCUUUGUAAAUGAUGUUUGCUCAAUUUCAUGCAUUUUUGUCACAGUCGCAGCUUUUAGCGGGUGGAAAGUUUGAAGUUAGAUGAAGAUAGAUCCAAGAGUUUCAGACGGGGCUUUCCCUUUCCUUUUUCUCUCUUUUAUUCCAUGUCGAAGUUUUAUCCAACCACUCAUUCAGUCUUUUCCUGGAUACUUCACCUAAGUCUGUCUGUUUUCACAUCAUUUAGGUGCAGUUUGUGUAAAGGAACCAAUGAUGCUAUUCAGGCACAUGGACAAAAGAGUAAAACAGAUUGGAGAUUGUGUCCUGAACAAAAAUGAGUGAUUGACACGAAUAGAAGGAUAUCUUGUAUAUUUUUUUCACUUUCUCAUUUGGGAAAAAUACACACGGUUUGCUUUCAGUUAUCUCAAGUAAAAAGUAAAAAUCAGGAUAGGAGGUCUGAGGUCUUAUAGUUGCUCAGUCUUCAGACUACUACAUGGUAAAAGAGUAGUGCAAGCUCUCAGAUGUCUCAGAAUGAAGGUUUUGGUCUCACACACUGAGUUCUGAAGAUUUCCAGAAGUAUUUCAAUCUCUUAUUUACAUCUCAUUGUGAUCUUUAAAGUAAUUUCCACAUGAGCAAAAUUAAAACGAUUGAAAAAAAGGAACUCAGAUUUAAGUGUUGUCAUGCAUGACCUACUUAUACCCUAAUGUUAGAGCAGUGAUAUUAGCCGUAAAGCUCUUGGGAGGAACUUUUCAUUUUUGACAGUCAAAUAUAUCAUUUACUCUAAAUAUUUCAAAUGGAAAAUGUUACUUUUGCUGACACCUACCCCUUGAAAUAUCAUUAAAAGGCUUCAAUAUGAAUUCUAGUCUGUUUCGUAGAUGUGAAAAAACUCUUCACAGGAGUGUUUUUGGAUUUGUUUUUAUUAGCAGAUAUAUUUUCUUCACAUGAAAGCUGCAGCUGUGCUUUUUUAACAUAGUAUAUCAUCUUUGUGUUAUUUGCAUAUGCCUGGUGCUGUCUGCUCUCAUUUGCCUGCAUUAGGUGCUAAAAUGAGAUCCUCUUCUUUUAAGCGCUCUAAGGGGUGAAUUGAACAGCAGAUUUGUCCACCUCCUCUUUUCUGGGAGUAAGUGUCCACCCCCUUUUGGCUGUAAACAUUGAUAUUUUACCUCUUAUGCCUCAAGACUCUCUCCCUCUGUUCAUAAAGAUAUAUCUGUAGUGAUGUUAAGUGAUUGAGCAGUCAGUUAUUGUCUCUCUUCAGUUUUCAGACAAGGUCUAGGGAGGAAAUACCAAGAUGAUACAUGCCUGUAUUGUCUGAGCAUCUUCUACUCAGAAUAUCUUAUCAGUAAAGUCAACCAGAGUAUUUAUAAGAAGUCAGUGUAAACCGUAUGAUACAGUAAUAUUAACAGCUCUUUGUGUCUCCCACUCUGAUUGCCUUUUCAGGGAAUUGUUUGUGUGGAGGUUAAAGGUUUCACUAAAGCAUUAUGUUGAAAUUUUCAAAGAACUCACACAAACACAUUCUUUCCCAUCUCUGUGUCACAGUCCACAGUUGAGUCACUGACUGUGUUGUUCCUGUCUGUGUGAGUGUUGGACCUCUGCAGUCAGUCAAAAAUAGUUGUGUCACUGAAGUCCCCGAGGAUCCUGCAGUUUCCUGGUAUUCUGUCUCCUUAAAGUCUGACAGUGAAUUUAACGACUUAAACCUCGACUACAGAUGGUAAACAUUUUUUUACUUACAUAACGCGGCCACAGAGCAAAUGAAUGGGAUUUAAUGAGCACAGUUUUAGGAAAAUUAAUAAUGGGAAGUCUGAAAGAGUGCUGUACUUCGUCAAGCUUAUAUCCAUCCAUUUUCUACCGCUUAUUCCCGUUCCCGGGGUCGCAGGGGGGCUGGGGCCUAUCCCAGCAUCUUCGCGCGAAGGCAGGGGACACCCUGGACAAGUCGCCAGUUCAUCGCAGGGCUGAUAUAUCGAGACGAACAACCAUCCACGCUCACAUUCACACCUAUGGGCAAUUUGAAAGUGGCCAAUUAACCUAACCCCACUUAGGCAUGUUUUUGGGAUGUGGGAGGAAACCGGAGUAAACCCACGCAGACACAGGGAGAACAUGCAAACUCCACACAGAAAUGCCCUGAGUCAGAUUUGAACCCAGGACCUUCUUGCUGUGAGGCGACAGUGCUAACCACUACACCAUUAUAUCAUCAUUUUAAAAUUGAUCAUUGGACACAAUCCUUCAAAGAUUUAUGCAAAAGAAAACAUUUUAGUGUUAUAACUUCGAUUAUUUUCUUUUUUAUUUUUUUUAUUUUUUUAAACUCUUUAUUUCUCAGAAUUUCUUUUAACAACAAAGGUGUGAAUAGGAAAGUAGAUGGAAAUACAAACAAACAAAAAAGACUAAACAAACAAUAAAGAGGUCAUGGGGUGUAUAUCACAGGCAUAGCGGGUAAAUAUACAUUAAAUACCUAUAUAUGCUGGGGCUGUACAGUCGCAGCAAGACCCGUCUCUUCAUUAUUAUUAAUAUAUGUAUACAUACAUACAUACAUGCUUCGUAUUUAUUGUUCUUCCUCCCCCUUCUAUAAUGGUGUUACAAUGUUUUGAGUUACUAACACUGCAUUAAAGUCAGACCUAUGCUUGAGCAGCGAUGCUGUGCAUCGGCCCAAGUAUCAAAAGGCAAGUCAAUAUACACACUGCGCAGCCCCAUCCUAUCUACAGAAUAUUGUCAAGUACAAGAAGUCAUCUUUUUUUCUUUUUUCCUUUCUCACAGUUUUCAUAUGAGGUCCGAGACACCAUGUAGAUAGCUCACCCAUUUCUCCCAUCUCCUUUCUCCUAAUUCCUUCUGAAGUCUAAGGAAGAAGGUCAUCUGUUCCAGGAGAUGUAAAUGAUUCACAAUACUAACCAAUAGAUCCAUAGUAGGAGACUUUUCCUGAAGCCAGUUCCUGGUAAUAGCUUUUUUAAUUGCCACAAGUAAGACCUUGAAUAGAUAAUAAUCAUCCUGAGAGAGUCCGUCCGGGAGUUGACCAAGAUAUAAGGAUUCAAAUGUACCACUGACGGUAAAACCCAUCACCUUCGAAAUCAGUUCUGUCGCUUCCUUCCAGAAGGGUUGCACUACAGGGCAAGACCAAAACACAUGUGCAUGGUCAACUUCGAUUAUUUUCAUGGUAAAUUAACAUUUGUUUGAUUUAUAAACAUAUUUAUCAAUUGUAGAUGUAUGCAAGGGAGAAAAAUUCUGCCUAGUGUUUUAAAACACAUGUUGUUUCAUUCCAAUCUCAGGCGGAUAAAGAAACCCAUAAACAUCUAAUCAAAAAAGAUAGGAGCUUUUUCUAAUGCUUCAAAAAAUUCUGUCUCUUCCCACAGACGUGUUUAUCUUCCCCCACAUGAUCAACAACCAUGUCUGAUUGUUGAGCGUGCUUCAUUACAUGUCAGGCAUCUUCUCUGUUUUUGGAUUUGUGGGUGAUGAUAAAAGAGUGGCUCGACAUAUAAACUCCGCUGAGUUCUUUAACCUAUUUUUAACCAGACAGCAGAAUAAAAUUAUUAGAGAAUUUAGAAUAGCAAAUUUUCCACUAGAAACUGCUGGAGAUCUGACUUAUUUCCUCUACAGUUUAUAAUAACAACAAUAAUAAUAACUUUAUUUUUAUAGCACUUUUAAAAACAGAAGUUUACAAAGUGCUUUGACAAACAGUCGUAAAGCACAAAACAUCAGCACAUGGAAAUAAAACCAAAUCAAUCAAUCAAUCAGUCUUAAUUUAUAUGGCACUUUUCAUACACAACCAUGUAGCACAAAGUGCUUUACACAGAAAAAGGGAGAAAAAAGAAAGAAAGAAACAAAGAAUACCCAAAUCUACCCUAACCCAAGCCCUCAUGCCCACCCCAUGAUCUAAAUGCAACAGAAACAGUAUUAAAAUGCAUAAACUUAAAAAGGGCGUGAUUUUGUGGAAACAGGAAUGUGCGCACUGAGGAAACCCCAUUUUAAAACUCAAGAUAAGGAAACACUGGAGGUUUAGGUUAAAAUCUAAAAACAAAGUAACAUACAAUAAAAUGAAAUAAAAACAACAGUAAAAGAUACUAAAAUAAGAGCACCAAAACAGCUCAAUAAAAGACAAUCCUGUCAUUAAAACUACAAAGAGAAAAAUACCAAAACACUUAAAGUGAAUGAUAAAAAUUUUAAUUAAAAGCAAGACUAAAAAGGUAUGUUUUCAGUCUGCUUUUAAGAUCAUUAAGAUAAAUAAAAAACAAAAACUCAGUUAAAAACAAGGCCUCUGAAUUAAAGGCUACAACAUAAAAUAAGACCAUGGGGACCAAAAUAAAGACAUAAAAUAGGUGAGAAAAAGAAAUGAGAUAAAAAAAGGGUGGGUAGGAAGCAGGAAAUAAUGAUAAUAAAAUCAUAACAAAAAAUAAUUAUGGUAAUAGUAAUGAUAAGAUGUAAUAAUAAAAAUGAGCAGGAAAAAAGAAUAAAAUCAAUAAAAGGCCCAAAAGGUUAAAUAAGAUAAGAUUGUAAGUAAAACAAAGGCUAAAAAGACAGUAAGUCGAAAUUAGAUAGAGGUAAAAGAGAAAACAUGAAACAUUAUUUCAUGUUGAAAUAGUUGACUAGUAAUCGAGUUGUUAAUAUUGUUGAAGCUCUGAGGACUUUUGUAUCAAUGCCCAACAGUUGCUCAGGAUGUUAUGAUAUGAAUGCAGCAAGACUGAGUGGGAAUGAUAAGAGGCAGGGUUUAUUUUUACUCUCUCUCCCACCAUGACAGAGGUCACCCUCCACAAACAAACUUUGAUGCUGUGUUGUUGACAUUUUUGGACUCCUGUGUCCUGAGUUUAGGUGCUUCUGGUAAAAGCCACUCUAUCAGAAUACUGUGACUUGCAAACAUCCUUCUGCUUUUAUGUACAGAUAUGAUAUCCAGAAAACAAAGACACCCAACUAAUUCCCUCUCAAAGGGACUUUUGCACUGAGCAGCUGGAUUGAAUUGCCAUUUAGCUUCUCUCAAACUCUGAUUGAAUUGCUGAAAUAAAUAGUUUUGGCAGUUCAGAGGUCUGUUAUUGUUCCGGGCUUCUUCACUGUUCAUCAAGCAGAUAAAAUGAAGCAAUAACUGGCUUUGGUGUAAAAAAGAUGAACAGUGUAGUCUGUUAUGGAUGUGCUGAAUAUCUAGUACAAGCUGAAAUAAUUCCAGUAUUAAUAUUUGGUCCUAUGAAGAGACUGUGUCGGUGGCUCUUUAUGCACAGCUGUGACUGGAAGGGCAGGCUUGUGAUUAAGGUCUUUUGGUAGAUCUGAUAUCAUCAUCCUGUUGCGUGUUACUCAGGCUGAAUUUCCCCAAAAUUAGUCAGCUGUCUAGCAUAUAUUUUCAUUUUUUAAAUGACUCGUUGAGGUCUAAGGAGGUCAGUCACUUUGCGGUCAGCAUUUGUUAGGUAAAUUCCCCAAGAGUGUGUGAACAAGCCUUACCAAUGCUGUAAAAACAACAUCCCUGUGUCACAGACAUGAGACGCUGAUAUGAAGAGGCACUCUGACUGAACCGACGAAUCUUUGCAUGAGGUUGUUGGAUACAAUACUCAUUAUAUGCAGGGUAUGCAAAGGUGUAUGUGUUUGUUAAGACCAGUGGGGUCUUAUCUUGUGUCCGUCUGCAGCUCAAUGUUCAGUGUGAAAGUACACAAGCUUGUAAAACUGCUUCUCUGAGAUACAAGUGAACUUUAGCUGAUUCAAGUCAUUAUGCAGAUUUACUUUUGUUAUAUUGAGCCCUUAAUUUGGGUCUAUAAUGAUAUUUUCAAAUUAAAUGAUGCUUUAAAUCCGUACGAGAGACUAAACAGCAUCCGGACUGUGAGUGCAGCCUGUUGGUAAGAUCUGCUGUGCCAGUUUUACACAUGUCAUCGGUGCUCAGCAGCCAGUCCAGUACUUGUUUUAGUCUCGCUGCUGUUUGGAUGACUGAGCAUGCUUGUUCUCUUAAACUCAGUGAGCACAGCUGAGCCUCGGCUACAGCGGGGAAGCAGAGCUGCAAGUUCACUGAGCUGUUCUGCAGACUCUCAAACCAAAAGUAAGUCAUGUUGAAUCGCAUUUUUCAAAUGAAGUUGACCAGAUGAAGAGAGAAGUUGACAAAACAAAAGUCACAUUAUUUUUGUAUUUCCCCCUCAAGCUCUGAGCGUUACCAGAGAUGAUUGUGAAAAAGGACAGCUGCAUAAAAAAGAUGCUGCACUAAAGUCAAUUUAUGAAAUGCAGAUUUUUAUGAGUUUUGAUAGGAAGUGUCAGUAAAAGCAACAUUAUAGUUUACAAAAAAGGAACCGGUUUAGCCAUGUUGUACCUCUUUAAUAAAGUCACAAGGCCCACAGACAGUUGCUCAGUUGGCAGCACUGCACUCCAUGUGCGCCCAUUAGGUCACCUUGAAAGUGUAGUACACGCACCUUCGAACAAUCCCAGUCAGCUCGUCAAGCCUGCCACUGAGUGAGAUAUUAGACAAACAGCAGAGCAGAAGCAUCAAAACAGCAGAUCAGUAGUUCUUCUCAUACUAGCACCACCGCUGUAGCUGCAGUUUGAGUGUAUUUUUGGCUGGUUCUUUUACACUCGAGGAUUAGACCUCCGUUUAAAAAGGCGUUGUUAUCUUUCAGGUCUGGCUCUGCAGCUUAACUGUGUGACUGAGCUGGGAGACAGAGAGGAAGAUGCCUCCCAGGCCGUCCUCAGGAGAGCUAUGGGGCAUCCACUUGAUGCCCCCCAGGUAUGAUCCAGGAGAUUCUUUAUUUAACAUUGUGUACGCAUGAACUUCAUCAUAAUUGCAAACCUGAAAAUUGUAAUGCUUAGAUGUAUGAGAUAGUUAUUCAAUCAUUGCGUUAUCCACUAUGUAACGUGCGUUUUAUCUUAGUUUUUGAGCAGUCAGUGAAUAAUGAUGCCCAUUGUGUCUUCAGGAUCCUGGUGGACUGCCUGCUGCCCAAUGGGAUGAUUCUGACCCUGGAGUGUCUCCGCGAGGCCACGCUCAUCACCAUCAAACAUGAGCUUUUUAAAGAGGCCAGAAAAUAUCCUCUCCAUCACCUCCUACAGGAGGAGACUUCCUACAUCUUUGUCAGUGUUACACAGGUAUGAACUUUCAAUCUCAGCUUUAAUAUCCGGCAGCUCGAGGUGUCCGUCUAAAUGAGUUAACAAAAUGGAAAUCCAUUUAUUAAAGCUCUGGUAGAACCAGACAGCUAUUUAUAAAGGAGAGCAGAUUUUAAACCAUAGGUUGUGAUAAAAAAAAGCGAACAGCUCUUUACUCAUCAGAUACUGCUGCUAAAAUAUGGCCAGAAGGUUUCUUCUCAGCGAGAACGUGUGGGAGGCUGUGCUUGCACUUUAUUGUGAAUGGAGAGCUCACAUCUCACUCGUCCCUUUAUAAAACUGAACACAGCUCAGCUUAGGUUGUCUCCUAUAUCCUGUAUUUGAAAUUACGCCACGCUUUUCCGAGACAUUGUUUCUCUGCCUGAAGGGAAGACUUGGAGAUAUACCUUUUGGAUUUUAGAAAAAAUGAACUAUACUGCACACAACCUCUGUGCUUCUUUUCCCUUUCCACAGGAAGCAGAGCGGGAGGAGUUCUAUGAUGAGACCCGGAGGCUGUGCGACCUCCGACUUUUCCAGCCCUUCCUCAAGGUUAUUGAACCAGUUGGCAACAGAGAGGAAAAGAUCCUUAACAGAGAGAUCGGUGAGAGGUUCCUCUCUUCUCUCAGCGUUGUCAUUUUUUGUCUUAGCUAUUGUUAAAGGAUCCUGCAUUUAUCAGCCGAAUAUCAAUUUAAUUUUUAAGGUUGGCAAAUUACUGAUCAAUGUCUCAAGCUCUCAAGGGCAGUAUUUAAUAUCUGUUGGGAUAUGGAGAGACAGUGGAUUUGUGGAUAUCUCUGAACCUCAUGGUUGCGUGUGAUGAAAAGAUAUUGUGUUCCGGGCUGUUUCAGUGUUCAGAUUAUUGUUUUAGAAACUACAAACCAUAAGGAGAGACCUCAACACACCAGUACAGCUUUAAUUGUGUGCCUGACUCUGCUUUAUGUUCUGGUAGGUUUUGCCAUUGGUAUGCCAGUGUGCGAGUUUGAUCUCGUAAAGGAUCCUGAGGUUCAGGACUUCAGGCGAAACAUCCUGAAUGUUUGCAAAGACUCUGUGGAGCUGAGGGAUGCCAGCGGGCCCCACAGUAGAGCCCUGUAUGUUUACCCACCCAACGUAGAAUCCACACAGGAACUUCCCAAACACAUCUAUAGCAAACUGGACAAAGGUAUGCAGCCUCUUCAGUCUGUUUCCUUUUAGUGCGUCAUGAAUAAAAGACGAGAAAAGAGCAAAAUAGCUGCCCGAGUAAAGUAAAAGGUAUGUCUUUUAAAAUAAUAAUAAAGACAAAGAGAGCGCUAAGAGACAGCUGGAGGAAAACAGGGAGCCAGAGGUAAACAUUUUAGCCUCCCAUCAAUAUUUAAUCGCUGCCAUCCAGGCUGCACAAUAGAUGAGAGCUACAGUAAUGAGCGCGGCUGUCAAUGAAUUGAUUGUGCUGCUAUUAGCGUGAUGCUAUUGUGUUGAAACAAUGCUUUGAAAAGAGGACAGUGCUGAAUAAAUGCAGUCAAACCUUGGUAUGAAUGAAGGAGGGGGUUGUUUUUUUCGGCUGCUGCUUUAGUAAAAUUUGAUUUAUUGACUUUUUCUUUCUCAGCCUCCAUCACAAUCUGUGUUUCUCUCUCCUUAUGAAGGUCAGAUUAUUGUUGUGAUCUGGGUGAUUGUUUCUCCAAACAAUGACAAACAGAAAUAUACACUGAAGAUCAACCAUGACUGUGUGCCUGAACAGGUAGGGAAAACUUAAUACACAGUAUGAAUCAUGAGUCACUUUUGUUUUGAAAUUCAAUAUGAGGGGAUGAAAGCAUGUCUGAUGUAGGCUGCUGUGCAUGUAUCUCAACUUAAAGGUGAUUGCAGAGGCGAUUCGUAAGAAGACACGCAGCAUGCUGCUGUCCCCAGAGCAGCUCAAGAUGUGCGUGCAGGAAUAUCAGGGUAAAUACAUCCUCAAAGUUUGUGGCUGUGAUGAGUACCUGCUGGAAAAGUACCCCAUCAGCCAAUAUAAGGUAGGAGAUUCCACCUUGUGAGAGCCUUGCUGUUAAGUUAGAACUGUAUUAAAAAGUAUCUGGCUUCAUAACUGUUCUCAAUUUCCGAAUGGAACAAGAAAGGACAUGAUAAACGUACACCUCACACCUGCUGUUGAUCUGUAUGCUAUUCUAGGGCUGGGCGAUAAACUGAAAAUUUACAGAUACCGAAAUUCACGUCAAUAACUGACGUCAUUUUGCCCAUAUCAAUAUAUUUGGUGUCGAAAAAACAAAUAAAUGAAAGUUGGUUUUGGAUGUGUGUAGGUAGGCUAUGGUCACAUGUCCCUUUAAGACAUUGUCCUAUGUUGGAGACGUCAUUUCACCCCAUCUAGUCUGUAACUAAGAGGGAAAGACAGGUGAGGAGAUGGAGGACGGUUCAAAAGUUGUAGAGGCUGAAGUAGACGAAGUUAAUGAGGGAGGGGAUGAGCAGCUUGUUGAGUAGUUAUUGUCUAUUUAAUCGUUGUCGAGGUGAACUGCUCAAUAUAUCAUGAUAUUGAUUUGAGACCAUAUCGCCCAGCCCUAUUCUAGUUAGUGACUGUUUUUGGUUUGAUUUGCUGUCAUUUAGAAUGAGGAAAAUGUUUUUUUUACAAAUUGGUCCAAAGGGAAGAAAUAUUUAGCACCGUUUUCUCUGCUCAGAAUCUCUUGAACAAAACAAGACAACAGCACUAGUCUAUCAAGCAUUUUGGGAUUACUACUCAUAUGUUCCAAAGCUGAUAAGAAUGGAUCAGGCUCUGAGAUGACGCAUGUGUUUUUUACUCAAGUCAGCACCAGGAUACAGCCUAAGCUGGAUGAAUUUCAGAUUCGUUAUUCAUUUGAACCAAUCUGCAAUGGGUCAAAACAAGGUGUAGAAGAAUAUGUGCCCGCAGUGAGAGUCAGGAACAAUCUGGCGCCAGGUUAAGGAAAGAGAUAUGAACUGUCCCUGUUUGCUCCUGCAGUAGCUGGAAAAUGACCAAAUGGCAUCAGUAAUCACAGUUAUGCAUGGUGUAACUCAAGCAGCUCUGUACUUUGGUUCUCAUCGUCCUCCUGGGUUAUUCUUCUCUCCGUCUCUUACCUUCUAGUAUAUCCGUAGUUGCAUCAUGCUGACCAGGAUGCCUAACCUGAUGCUAAUGGCCAAGGACAGCCUGUACACCCAGUUGCCUACAGACAACUUUGUCAUGCCGUCAUACUCUCGACGCAUCUCCACAGCAACAUCCUACAUGAACGGAGAGGCAGCUGCCAAGUCACUGUGGACCAUCAACGGGACUCUGCGAAUACGAAUCCUGUGCGCCACUUACGUCAACGUGAAUAUACGGGACAUAGACAAGGUAGGGGCACACAAAGGGUUUAGAGAAGUGUACGCAAACACACCUGUGUCUGAGCUAAUCGAUCAAAUUUAUUUUAAUUUAAUGUUUGAAAUCAAGAACUGACAAAAAAGUCAUAUUUUCAAGCACUAUCAGCAGACUAUUUUCUCUGAAGUUGCUCCAUUCUCCAACUCUCUUACUCCCUAUGAAAACACACAGUCAGUACCCAGGUCUCAUGUAAACAGAGAGUUGAGUUAGCUCAUCCUGGCUUGCUGUCAUGAAUCAUUAGUGUAGAUGUAACCUGUCUCUGCAAAAGUGCUCGACUGCAUGCCUCUGAAGUGUAAAGGGCAUUUAACAUGACAGCUGUUACAUGCUAUUAAUUGUAUACUUCUAUGAUAACCUGACCUACAUACCAUUGUUUAUAACCUUACAGUGAAGAUAUAUGACAUGAUAUGGUUUAUGUAUUUGCCCUCGUUGUGUCUCUUUUAUAGAUCUAUGUGAGAACAGGCAUUUACCACGGAGGUGAGCAGAUGUGUGACAAUGUGAACACGCAGAGAGUACCCUGCUCUAACCCCAGGUAACGAUCCCCACACCUUUUAACCGCUACAAAAGCCCGUCAGUGCGGGCUCUUAUCAAAUUAGGUAGUGUGUGAGCUACAAAGGGCUGAAACAGUGAGAGUCAGGGAUUGUACCGUGACACUAAACUGCUGUAUUAUGUUACUGCUUAUCCAAACUUGGUCUUCUCUUAUGUCCCUGGAGAGGUUCGAGGAAUGCUGUCAAUACUGUUCUGUAUGUGUGAGGGCAAAAAUGUUAAAUAGGUUGACAUUUCAUCCCUGUUUUUCAGCAGUAUAAGAUAUCUGACCUUUAGUUUUGUGCCUUUUUAAGCACUUAAGAUAUACUGUACAUCAGAGCUCAAAGUGGCACAUCUCCCUUUUAGGAUUUCUACCACUCGUCCUGUUUGCCUAAAUUUGGUUCUUCUUGUUUGUCCCUUUCGAACCGAUGACAAUCUGUAUGUCUUUAUCCUUCACAGGUGGAAUGAGUGGCUCACCUACGAUAUGUACAUCCCAGAUAUACCCCGCGCCGCCAGACUCUGCCUCUCCAUCUGCUCUGUCAAGGGCAGGAAGGGAGCCAAGGAGGUAGGAUAUAAAGCAGGGAAGGAAAUGACUCUGCACUGCAGCUUUAACAAAUAACAUGAACUCCGCUUGCAUAACAGGAAGUGUUUUACUAGGCCAUUUGAAAGGAACCACUUUCAUUUUUUUUUUGAACAGGAAGAAAAGUAGAGCAGUGAAUGCAGGUUCUGAAUAAGUCAAACAACUGAACAGUGUCCAACUCAAGCAAAUCCCCGUACAUCAUAGCAUAAAAUCAUACGAACACCAUUGUUAGUAUUUGCUAUUUUAAAAAGCCACAGUUGUCUCAGACUAAAGAUAGCAAAGAGCAGGUGUCCAGAUCUUUUAACACCGACAUGCUAACCCAUCCCACAGGGACCUCACUGUCCAUAGUAUGGGUGCCUGCUGUGUGUGAACUGACCCUCCUCUUUGAAUCAGUCUGGGUUUAAGUGUCGUCGCUGAAUGGGAGCCGCGGUAUCGUCUUUGGUUCCGUUUAAUUACUAAUCAGUCAUUGACGGCGUGGUGGCAGACAACAUCAACAGAAACCGUAUCAGCCAAAGGGACUUUUCCAUUCAUGUGAGGAUAUACGACUAUAUGCUUGUGGAAAGCCACAUCGAGUUCUUCCCUCUAAAGUUUUACUAUUUGAACUCAUGACUCUGUCUGCAGAAAAAAACGUUCUCAUAUAAUUCAAGAUUCAAACUAGGGCUGUAAAGGGAAGUUCCAAGUAAAUAUGAAACUUAGUAUAUUCUAAUAUUGUACUUUAUAUUUAAAUCAGUUAUUCUUUUAUGGAGCGUGACAUGUAGUUAUUUUAUGCACUCGGUUUGAAUGAAGUUUAUAACAGCGUGGACAUUUAUCUCCAUGUUUAGAGCUCUUGCUAUACACUCAAUCAAACACUUGACAAACACCCACACUCAUUGAUUUUUCUUCCAUCUCUCUCUGCGGUUGAAAAGAUGGAAGACAGCGAUAGUGUGGAGAGUAUCACUGAGUGCCACACAUGGAUAUUGUAACAGACACCUUGGGGGAUGAGCCUUGUCCCAUUACGCGCCAUGCUAGGCGAGGUCAGGUUAGCGGAUGUUCUUUCAUGCCUCGCCUGAAUUAAAGAUAAACACUUCUCAACAGCAGCCUUUUGUUCCAGCACUUACUAUAAAUAGGUGCAUUUUGACUAGCUGUCUGCAUGUAACUCUGUCCGCCUCGCUGUGUUUGCCCUUCGUCACCCCAGUCCCAUUGUUAGCCCGUAGUAAAGACUUACUCUAGCAUUGAGAUGUUAUCUUAAACAUUCCCUUAGCCUUUGUGUAGGUUAACAUGUAUGCUGUCGAAGAAGUGCUGCUGUUUAGGGAAUGAUUGUACAGAAUUAUAAGGUAGAGUGACUUGACAUUCCCUUUUGCACCAAUUAGGUGGCUGAUAAUACAUCAUACAUCAGCAUUCAGACAGACAAAAUCUGACUUGCCAACACUGAAUGAUUUUGGGCGUCUUCUCAUGACUGUUUUAGGUGUAUUCCUGAAUCUUUAUAAAAGGCUUUUAAAGAAAUAAAAAAGAGUAAUGAGCUAUUAAAUCACACAAACAUCAUCUCAGAUGUAAGCUCACUUCAGAAAAUCAAAAGAAUUGUUUUUAAAUCUUCAGGCAGCCAGAUGAAGUUUAUUUCUCUUAUGAUGCGAUAUGAUGCGAUACAUGAUAACACGCAGAAGGAUGCAUGCAUUUGCAAAAAAACAACCCAUUUACCCAGAGACUUGCUUACAAAUAACAACCACAAAGAACUAAUCCCUGCAGUUCCCUGUUUGAGACGACACUAGGUAUAGACUGCACAGAGGAUAUGAUAUCCUACAGAAGAGGAUCAAUAAUAUGAUUAAUGUCAGUAUUUUUGCCCCUCUUCUAAGUGACUUGUUGGUUGCAUUUUGUUGUUCAUCUCCAUGUGAUAAACCUCAUCAAACAUCAUCUAUUGCUGGAUGGUGGAAGGUCAUGUUUUUCUCUAUUUCUCCGUGUAAACUGUUACCAUGCUGUUGUAUCCAUCGGCCAAUAUGUGAAAUCUAAACAAUGUUGAGAUAACCUGUCUCAGUCAGCAGACACUGAGUUUCCGCUGCAGUAAUUGAAACUGUGUAAGAUGGUACCACACACAAAUCACUCUCAGGAUUCAUAUGUAAUGUAUAUUACUAACAAAUUGCACAUGGGCCUCGUAAUACAUAACAUAUCAACUGAAAGAGAUGGCAACAAAGUGAAGCUAACGCACGACCCCCACAGCUUCAAGAAGGCUGCACAAUCGUAUAUCACAAGUCUCUGAACUGUUUGCUUAAAAAACCUCAUGAUUUUAUUCUCUAUCUGUGUUUGUUCCAAUUUUGGGCCGUCUGACAUCUCUCUUUCUCUUCUCUUUCUCUCAGGAACACUGCCCCCUAGCUUGGGGUAACAUUAACUUGUUUGACUACACUCACACUCUGGUGGCCAACAAGAUGGCUCUGAACCUCUGGCCUGUCCCUCAUGGUCUUGAGGACCUCCUUAAUCCCAUAGGAGUCACUGGAUCCAACCCCAAUAAGGUAUUCAGACAUGUAAUUUUUCUGUGUUUGCUCAGCUCUGUAGCAGGUUAAAUACUGUUAGCUAAACCAAACAUACCUGUCACAUACAGGAAACCCCAUGUCUGGAGCUGGAGUUUGACCACUUUAGCAGUCCAGUCAAAUACCCAGAUAUGAAUGCAGUGGAGGAUCAUGCAAACUGGACCAUCUCAAGAGAACUGGGGUUCAACUACAACCUCUCUGGACAGGUAAUUACCGGCCUACUGGUCUCAUACAAGUUGGUUAAAUCAGUUCCAUGAGUUUUUGUGUUAUGUCUGUAUAUCUGUCAAGAAGGUCUCAUGGGAAUCUCCUUGAAUUUUGUUCACUCAAAGUUAGCGAUGCUUUGAUUAGAUUGUGAUAUUUGAAGGUAGAGGUUGUGUUGAUUCUUGAUUCUUAUAUCAGAGAAGGAGUUUAUUCAUAAGCCAUCCUAUGAACCCUGAUUACUCCCUGGCUGCAUCUACCUUUAAUAGUAAACACAAGUAGACUGCAUUGUAGAGACUGUAGUGAUUCUUUUAUGUUUGAAACUUUAAUGCAUGUGGCACGUAAACUGAGUCCUCAAAGACCACCAAAUUAAAACAAAAACAAAUUGACUUCAAAUACCUGAAUUUUAAAAAGCAUAUGAGUUUAACUAAUGUGCUGCACAAAUACAGCGAAUAAGUUUGACUAUUUAUGGUGUUUAAAGUAUGUUUUCAUAGAUAAAUAUUGCUCAGACAGUUUUUUUUUACCAAGUUGAGGUAAGGUGCUGAUGAAUUUGUAUGAAUUUUAUCAGACCCUGAUGUUGCGUGUGAUAAUUUGACAUGGACUUAUGAGACCCUGAUGAAGGGUGUUAUGUCCUUGUUUAAGGCUCCACAUUUAACGACACCAUCUGCUAAAUGAGUGCUGAUAGUAGAGUGUAAUUAAUGGAAGCAGAUACACUAUGUUUGAUGUGUAAAACACCAUGUCUAAUUAUAGAUCACUGGGAUCUUUUAUUAGAAAGUGCGAGAGGAGUGAGUGAGGUGCUUGAUGAAGGUUGUAAAUUUUCAGCCAAACAAAAGUCUGUAAAAGUUUGUUCGCGACUCGCAGUGUCCUCUGUAAACCGAGAUGACCCCCGACUCUUCAUGUGACUCAGGAAUGCCACUGUGCCCUGUUGUGUUCAGUUAUUUAUGAUGGUGUUGAUGAUGCUGCCUUAUCAGAUUUCUUGGCGAUGUUUGGCACGACAUCGCCAUCGCGGCUUCUGAUGUGAGAGGAUGUGAGCGGUGUGAGACGACACUUUGGGUUAUUCAUGAUGUGUGUGUCAAAUGUGACAAGUGCCAAACCAAAUACAUGGUGUGAUGAGAAUUUAUCAAACAUAUCAUUAGACUCAGACGUGGCCAUCAGACUGGAUGACCUUAUUUCAUCUGAGGCUGAAAACGGAAUUCAAACACAUUUUUAUUUCUAGGAAGAUAAUCAGGCAAUUAAAAGAAUAUUUAAUGCUCUUUGCUUUCCCAGAAAAGAGACUCACAAAUCUAUGAUUAGCAUUUACUGUAAUGGUUGUAAGAGCCUGAGCUAUAAACGGAUGCGCACAGCAUCUGGCUGCAUUACUGUCCAGCUGUGCUCCUGCUCUGUCCCAGUUUCAGUGUCUGCUGGAAACAUUACAGAAGUGAAGUAUGGAUAAUGUGCAGAGCCAUACUUAUCAAAAGUCAUCAAUAUAUUUGCAGUGUCACGGAUUACCGAUAAAUCGGCCGAUUUUUUAAAAUUUUUGAUUAAGUUAUAAAAAAUGUAUAUAUACUGUAGAUAUACUGUAGGCUCCACGCCGACAGAAAGACCGACUGAUCAAACUCGGACCAGAAAAGCGUUUUCAACUACCCCACCCCACCCCACCCUCGCCGAUCGGUGCCUCUGCGUCUUAACCCACGUUACUCAUUUCCGGUCCGGUCUCAUCUGGAGACAUGCAGCUGCCUCAGUAAGAGAAGUAGCUCGAUCACGUCAUGUGUACUGAUGUUUAUUCUACCGUUACUGGCACGGCUAACAGUGUCGCAAGGCUAAUAGCUGAUGGCUAACUCUAACUUUAGCUUGCAUAUUACAUAGUGCUUCACCGUUAACUCGGCGUGACCGAGACCAGCACAGCGGGGAACAUCGUGAAGUGGGUUGAACUGAAACUUGUUGACUUAUUGUGAAUUUCACAAACUGGUUUAUUCACCGUUGGGGCGGACCACUCUCCUCCGUGCGUCCCUGAGCUGCUUCUGAUCCGUCACUCUGCUGCGCUGUGAGGUAGUUAGUGGAUGAAGAUUGUCAUGAGGUCGCUGCGCCAUCUACAGGAUAAGUCGGGGGGACUUUUCAAAUGGCGGAACAUUUUCAAAGUGAAACCGAAUCUUAUUCUCCGCAUUUUAUCUCUGAAAAUAUCGGCGAAAAUCUGCGAGUUUUGGCUGAUUACCAAUUAGUCUCAAACUGGCUAAAACUGGCCGAUUUAAUCAGCUCGCCGAUGCAUCGGUCGGGCCCUAGUUAAGAGCACAAAUACACAUAAGCAGCAUAUUGCAUUGUGUUCCUUCAGCAACAUCUCUAUCUCAUAUGAAAUACACACACAGCUUCUCUGAGAGUUUAUCCUCGAUCAUUAACUUUGAUUUUUUAUUGAUUUUUGUCUGACUGUAUUUUUGUUUUUAUCUGCAGCUUGAUGAUGAAUUUGUAAUUUUUAUGUGUACUCUAAAUGCUCUUAUGGGGAGUCUUUGGGCUUUAAUGUAAUCGACUGAAAUUCAUAUUGAUGCCUUUUUAUGACACAGUAAAACAAAUGACACCAUCACCAGUUUUUUACUGUAAUUUUUAAUGCCUGGAGCCGCUGAGAGUGGGUAGGUGUCAGUGGAGCAGCUGGAGAAAUAACCUUGUUUUUAUAGUUUUCGCAUAAAAUAUUCAUGAUAAAUGGUUGAUCGUGAAAAUUCAGCAGGAUAAAAUUUUGUAUUUUUUCCAGAAGACACUACCUGAGUGUGCAGAGGACAGGAUAGGGACAAACUGCUCUGUCCACAGGGGUGCCAGACUGUUUACAGCUCAUGGUUGAUAUCUUUUUAGUCUCUGUAAGGACCUUUAAGUUGGUGUCAGUUAUUUUCUUCUUAGUUAUCAGACAGAAUAACAUGAAAGAAAAUAGAGAGUAAGAACAGACAGAAUAGAGUCAAAGUCAAUUUCCAGUGUACCCUUUGUGCUCAUUUGGAACUGUUGCCUAACCCUUUAUGAAACAUGACGGCUGAAAUUUGUGUUACGAGAUGAUAAAACUAGAGCGAAGUUUCUGUUUGUUGCAGGACUAACAUCAAUGAUUUACAUAUGGCUCAAAUGUGGCAUGUGGUUUCAGUCUGAGUUAAGCCGGAGAGCUUGACCAUAACGUGUUGAUUUAUUUAUGAGGUUAAUGUGGUCUGUUGAGUAAUGCUUUAUCUGUAACUUGAUUUGUGUCAGAAAACUUCUCUAACAGUAAUGGGUCUUAAUGGAUUACAACUGUUAAGGCUCCAGGCGGGACCGUCGCUCUGACUCCAUGUUUUGCUUUGUUUUAUUGCCGCGCAAAAUGUGGAGUUUUGCAGUAACCAGACAGCCGGCAUGUUAGUUAUGACAUGUUUUGUUAUGAAGUGAUAAGAUUUUUUUUUCUGCCUGAUGUGUUUCAGAGCAACCGAGUUGCCAGAGAUCACGCCCUGACAGAGAGCGACACUGAGCAGCUCAGACAGCUGAGUAACAGGGACCCUCUUUCAGAAAUCACUGAGCAGGAGAAAGACUUCCUCUGGAGACACAGGUAACAGAAACAGUAUUAUACAAUGAUGGUGGCUGAUCAGUCAACAGACAAGAAGAGUUAAAACACUGCAAAUAUCGUCAACAUAUAUAUAUAUUGAUGCCACAUGCUAAAUAUGUACAUAAGUCAGAAUACCACCCAUUAAAAGUAAUGUAUUACUCAAUAUCUAGCUGAGCAAAAGUACAAUUUCCAAAGUUUUGACAAAGCUGAGUUUAACAUUUUAUUUACCAUAGGAUGAAAAUAAGGGUGAUAUGGUAACUAAAAUUUAGUUUAGCUCCCAGGACUUUUAUUGGAGUGUACAUUUUUGCAUCCUGAUUUUAAAUUGAAAAAAUACUUUUUUAGAUGCAACUUAAAAAAUCUUGUUUGCAAUCAAUGGCCUACAUUUGGGGGGGGGGGGGUGUUUUGUUGUAUAGUCUGACAUAGAAAAUGUUGAUUUUGAAAGGAAGCUAAAGGUUUUCUGACAACUCUGAAGGGGUGUACUUAUGCUGAGCACCGUAUAGUCUGGGACACACUGUAUUUUUUCUCACCCUUCUUUUUUUCGUCACAGGCACUACUGCAUGAAUAUCCCUGAGAUUCUUCCCAAGAUCCUUCUUGCUGUGAAAUGGAACUCCAGGGAUGAAGUAGCACAGGUAAAUAUACCUGCCAUGCUGUUGUUAAUAAUGACUGUCUCAUAAAACUCACCUGACCUUGAGUCUCCUGAACGAGAGCACCUGUAGGUAAAAGAAAACAUCUUCUACUUCUACUUCUCUCAGUGGUUUAGAAAAGUCGUUUAACUUGAACCUUUUGAAAGAUGGAAAUACAAGUUUGAAUUAAAAAUGCACUUCCCAUUAAGUCUGGUACUUUGCUUUGGCUUGCAGAGGACACUACUGCAUCUCUUGCAACAGGACCGCACACUUGUACUAAAUUUGUAUUUAUGUAAUAAAUGUACAAAUAAGUGUAUGAAGAAUUCUGGUUUAUUUUUUUUUUGGCUCUGUGUGCCUCCAGAUGUACUGCCUGUUAAAGGAAUGGCCGUCUAUCCGUCCUGAGCAGGCCAUGGAGCUGCUGGACUGUAACUAUCCAGACCCCAUGGUCAGGCACUUUGCCGUCCGCUGUCUGGAAAAAUACUUGACUGAUGACAAACUGUCCCAGUACCUCAUCCAGCUUGUGCAGGUAGGACUAAUGGAAAACUUGGGUUGUUGGCUGGAAUAAAGGACUGAGAAAAAAGGAGCAUAUUGAGAGACUAAGACAAACCCAGACCCGUGCUCUCUUCAUAGUAGCUUUCUCUAAUCCUUGACAGACAGUCAGAUAGUCUCAUAACUGUCAGAAAGCAGCUUUUAUUUGGACUGUUCAUUUGUGCUGAAAGAUUUCUGAUCUCUGAUGCCAAAAGCUUUGUUCAAAGCUUGGUCAAGGCUUCAUAGAGUCUGAAACGAGUUAUCUGAUCCUUUUCCAUUUGUGCUUUCUUCCCCUCUCUUUCUUUCUUUCUUUCUUUCUUUCUAUGCUAGGUAUUAAAAUAUGAGCAGUAUCUUGACAAUCCCUUGGCCCGUUUUCUCCUCAAAAAAGCCCUGACCAAUCAAAGGAUAGGCCAUUUCUUCUUCUGGCAUCUCAAGUGAGUCACCCUCCAGAUUUCAGACAUGCCUUCCUUUCUCUUCCUCCAUCUAAAAGGCCAAAAGCCCACCCUGUCUCCACGCUUCUCACUCUCUGCCUCCCCCUCCUUGUCUUCCUCUCAGGUCAGAAAUGCACAAUAAAACUGUGAGCCAGAGGUUCGGGCUGCUGUUAGAAGCUUACUGCAGGGCCUGCGGCAUGUACCUCAAACACCUGAGCAGGCAGGUAGAGGCCAUGGAGAAACUCAUUAACCUCACCGACAUCCUGAAACAGGAAAAGAAGGAUGAGACGCAGAAGGUAAGGAGGGCAGCAGCACUCACACUCACACACAGAGACAGAAUCACCUGCACUAUGUCCUCAGUUAUUCCUCUUGCCUUUAAAACUGUUUGGAAUUUGAUUUGCUGAGAUGCACCUGAGCCUCACUUAUUGCCUCAUGCUUUGCUGCCACUUGUAGUGUUUGCUCAGAUGAAAGUACAAUAAACAACAAUAACACAGCAUAAGAUAUGCAGGACGGAUAAACAGUUAAAAUAUAUUCUCUCAUGCGUAAAGAAGUUGUCUGUUCUUUUAUAAGUUUAACACAAUUUAUGGUUAAAGUAGCGUCUGCGAAGAACUUUAGAUUUAAACAGAUGAACAUCUCUUAGGUGAGGAAAAAAAACAUGAUGUUGCUUCUCAGAAAACAGCUGGUUUAAUUUUACUCCACCGCACUCCGCAUUUGUUGCAUGAGCUGUGAGGAACAAGAGGAACAAGAGUGGAGUUUAUUUUUGUUUUGUUGUCCUGUCUCAAGAAGACGUAAGAGAUUUACUUUUAACAGGAUUCUCACGCAAGUAUGGAAAGUAUGGAAGUGAUUGGAUUAAUUUCCAGGUCUUCAAAAGUUUGAAAUGAAAAAAAAAGUAUGGACAAAUACGUAGGUCUCCAGACUGUUAUCAAGGGUAAAAAAAUACAGUUUUUCUAAGAUAGCAAAGUGUUUUUUUCUAAAAAUAAUUUUCAAAAGUGGGGUAUGGAGAAGUAUGGAAACCCCAACUUUGUAGGAACCCUUUUAAGUAAUUUAACAAAACCUUUCUGGUAAAGUUUUUGUUUUUGCAGGCUUUGUAGAGAGCGUAGAAUAAUUAGGUAACAGCAGACCAUCAGUUUGUCAUAAAGGGAAAUGCUACCCCUCUGCUUUGAAACACCAAGUGGGUUGGUGGCUUUUUCCGCAUGACACAUAUUCAUGAAACACGAUCACUUAAGCAUAAAAACGUCACUAUUGCAUCAGUUUUCAGUUGACUGAUGGCCGCUUUGUCAAAUUCAUAAUUUAUCGUCACGGCCAGAACAGCACACAAAGCAGCUUUUCCUUGAAGGAUGUUUGUGCAUGUGGUUGCAUUCACGCACAUUAAUGUGAAAAGUGCUUUUGUGUCUUGUGGAGGUCCAGAUGCGGUUUCUUGUGGACCAGAUGAAGAGACCGGACUACAUGGAUGCCUUGCAGAACUUCACCUCGCCACUCAACCCUGCGCAUCAACUGGGAAACCUGAGGUUGGAAGUAGUUGUUGAUAAGUGGCAUGUGUAUUAGUGGAUCUGUGCAGUGGUUUUGUGCGAGUGACUGAUUGUCCUGAUUUCUCCGUGCGCAGGUUAGAUGAAUGCAGGAUCAUGUCGUCAGCAAAGAGGCCACUGUGGCUGAACUGGGAGAAUCCUGACAUCAUGUCUGAGCUGCUCUUUCAGAACAACGAGAUUAUCUUCAAAAAUGGAGAUGGUAACACUCAUGAACUUGCAUGGCGUGUUAAACCUUGUACUUCAUUUCUGUCUGAUCCUGUAAAUACGUUUCUCUGAACUGUGUGCCUAUAAUCUGUCAGUAUUAAUAACUUUAAGUGUCUCUAUUGUGUGUGUGUUUCUGUUGCAGACUUGCGGCAGGAUAUGCUAACAUUGCAGAUUAUCAAAAUCAUGGAAAAUAUCUGGCAGAAUCAGGGACUGGAUCUGCGGUAGCGCUCUUUCUCCUUUUAUCACAUCUGUUUUUAUUUUCUCUCUGCUGUAUCACUCGCUUCAGUUUAUUCAUCCUCUAAUACUCUCUACCUCAGUGCACAGCGGCUUAAGAGUGUCUGUUUUGUGUGUCCUCAGGAUGCUCCCCUACGGCUGUCUAUCAUUAGGGGACUGUGUGGGCCUUAUUGAGGUGGUGCGCAGCUCCCACACGAUCAUGCAGAUUCAGUGUAAAGGAGGCUUGAAAGGAGCUCUGCAGUUCAACUCAAACACGCUGCAUCAGUGGCUAAAGGAUAAAAACAAGGGCGAGAUGUGAGUGCUCAUUUUUAGUGCAUCUUUGCAUCAUUACACAGCUAUGAACAGUCUGUAUGGAUGCAGAGUGAACUGGACCUCAAAGGAAAUACCACGUCACUAAAAUGUGGUUUUAUUGAAGAGGAAUAACCAGUUUACUUCUGCCUCCUUUUGUUUCAUUUUUAAAGGGAUAUUCCGGCGUAAAAUUAAUUAAGGGUCAAACACACGGUAACACCGAGUUAGACGCCUCCUUGAGAGAUGAGUGUUGCCGACCGUUUGCUUCUCUAGUUAUACCAACUUUGGUAACAACUGCAUGAUAGCAAUACACAGCGGUCUCAGGAGCCACGUGCUCAACCAACACGCCACUCUAUAGCCACAAAUAAUGCUCAGAACAGCACCUAACUUCUUCAACAGUACAUAUAGGGUCCUAGCCACAGUACUAGCCACCAAAGAUCUUUUUAGCUUUGCCUAAUUUCUUUAACAAAGAGACCAAACACAACUCACCUACUCUCUUCCAGCAGCCACUUGUUUGUAGCGAGACCUCAGACUUGUCCAUCACCAACUGCAGUGGAGUUUCGCAGCCCAAGGAAGAACAUUUAUGAUAAUUUCUUCUUGGAAAUGCAAUCAGACCAAGACUCUAAGGCAGAAGAACUACCGCGUCUGCAGUGCAAAAUGAUAAUUAUGGUGAUUAUUACUUUUAGGAAAUGAUAAAGAAAUGAUCAUAAAUGUUCUUCCUUGGGCUGCGAAACUCCACUGCAGUUGUUGAUGGACUAGUCCGAUGUCUCGCUACAAGCAAGUGGCUGCUGGACGAGAGUAGGUGAGUUGUGUUUAGUCUCUUUGCCAAAGAAAUCAGGCAAAACUAAAAAGAUUUUUGAUGACUAGUACUAUGGCUGGGACCAGUUAUAGGUGCUGUUCUGAGCAUUAUUUGUGGCUAUAGAGUGACUUUUUGGUUGAGGUUUGGUUGUGUGUUGUGUGUAUUGCUAUCCCGCGGUCGUUACUAAAGUUGGUAUCACUAGAGAAGCAAGCAGUCAGCAACAUUCAUCUCUCGACGGGGUGUCUAACUCGGUGUUACAGUGUGUUUGACCCUAAAUGAUUUUUACGCUGGAAUUUCCCUUUAGAUCUCUAUAUAUAUAUAUAUGAGACAAUAUAUGUUGUCUCAUCGAAUGUGUGUUUGGACAGGUACGACCUGGCUGUAGAUCUGUUCACAAGGUCCUGCGCUGGCUACUGUGUAGCUACAUUUAUCCUUGGGAUUGGAGACAGACACAACAGCAACAUCAUGGUGAAAGAUGAUGGACAGGUAACUCACAUGAUCUCGCCUUUGCUUGUCGGUGUACAAUAUAUAUGUUGUCUUUAGAGGGAGUAGGUCUGUGAGAGUGACUGAACUUUGACUCCCUGCUCUCUUCCAGUUGUUUCAUAUAGACUUUGGCCAUUUCCUGGAUCAUAAGAAAAAGAAGUUUGGAUACAAGAGGGAGCGAGUGCCCUUUGUACUGACACAAGACUUCCUCAUCGUCAUCAGCAAGGGAUCUCAAGAGUGUGCAAAGACCAAAGAAUUUGAAAGGUACUGCAACAUCUGCUCUUUUCUCAUCAUACUUUCUGUAGUUUUUUUCUUUUAUCUGGGACCAACAAAUACUGCCAAAAAAGGUUUUAAAGGGUCGGUUUCUUUGAAUAGUUUAAAACAUUUACUUCCAUAGUCAGUCCAAGAGGCCAAAUAUGAUUUGACUUUGGCGAUGCAUUAAAAUGGAAAAUAAGUCUGGGUACAUGCAGUUACAGCUCACAUUACAGUGGGUUUUUCUCGACUCACUUCUCUCUGUUGGGCAAGUUUACACUCAACUUGCCCAACUUACCCAACCAUGCUAAGCAGCCUGAGAACUCUGAGACCAUUUUGCAUCACUGCCUUAUUGUGGAGAGAGACAGAGAGAGACAGAGAGAGAGAGAGGAGAGUGAAAGAAACACAAAACACAGAAAGAGAAGAAAAUUUUAAAAAAGAAAGAAUAAAUCUUCUUUCCUGUGUGGGAAGAUCUUCUGUGGCAUGUUUCACCAAAUUUUCUACAGGCAUCUGCAGUUUUACGAUAGUCAUGCCAGUACCUUUUUUCUUCUUCCUAUUUUUUUAUUAAAAUCACUGACUGUAAAGAGAGAGGACACUCCGGCUCCAUUUCUGCCUGUUGUGUAAUAUGAAGCCAAAACACUUCCUCAGGCAUAUUGCACUUGUGCAGCCAAGGCAUGCACUGAAGUGACCGGGCUAAUGGAGCUGUGAAGCUGACGUCAGACCCUUUUCUGCAAACCUGAACACCAAUUUGACUUCAACUAAAACUAGCGCCCCGCGGGGCACCAACCGGCCUGAGCUUCGUCGUGCUUUAUGAUGUCCAUUUUUGUAGACAGUCUAUGAUUAAAACAAAUUGUCGACUUUUAAGUCAUGAAUUUACUCGUAGCUUGUAUGAAAAAGCAGUUAGUUUGUUUAAACUUUCUUCUUCUCUUGUUUUUAUCCUUAUUUUAUUUCUUUUAUUUUUAUUUUGUAUAUUUUUAUUUUUAUUUUAUAUAUUUUUUCGAACAUGUGCGUGCAACAAAAGGACAUGAACUGAAAACAAACAAACAAAACCAUUAAGAAUAUUCCAAACAACAAUAAAAAUAAUCAAAGCAAAAAAAUAAAUAAAAAUACUAAUAAUAAUGCGAACCCAACAUGUCUGAAAAGGAGUAGGAUGAAGCAUGAUGCUUAUUUAAACCCACCACUUCUCCGCUACUCAAUUAACAGUCAGUCUCUCCAACAUAUUGACAUUAUAUUUACAAAAAUAGAAAAUAAAUAGAACAUAAAUCCGUCUAAUUUUCCCUCUCACAUUCCCUUUUCCAUCUCACUCCAGGUUCCAGGAGAUGUGUUAUAAAGCGUACCUGGCCAUCCGUCAGCAUGCUAACCUCUUCAUCAACCUGUUCUCCAUGAUGCUGGGCUCCGGCAUGCCUGAGCUGCAGUCGUUUGACGACAUCGCCUACAUCAGAAAGACUCUGGCUCUGGAGAAAAGCGAACAGGUAAUAAAGUCUUCCCUUUGCUCAUAUCCUCUUUGUUCUGAUUCUAUUCUGGGGUCUUGAGAUAGCGUCUCAUACUUUGUGCUUUCAAAAGACUCCGCAGCAUUGUCUGAUAACGUAUCUCCUUUCUUUAUCGCGUCUGCUGUCCGUAUAGGAGGCAUUGGACUACUUUAUGAAACAGAUGAAUGAUGCUCACCAUGGAGGAUGGACCACUAAGAUGGACUGGAUAUUUCACACAAUAAGACAGCAUGCACUAAACUGAUCUUCUGCACACACACUGAAACCCACCAGUCCCGCCGUGGAGGAUUCUGUCAAACAGCUGUUCGUCUCACACCAUGCAGCAGCACUUGUCCUUUAAGGAAUUUCACUUUUCCAUUACUGCUGUCUGCGGUUCUGAGAGUUUGCAGCUUUUUUAUUUUAAUAUACCAGCACCACUUUUGUUAAUCCGAACGAGGUUUCUGUUAUCUGUCUGAUCCGGAAGAUGCUCUGACAUACCGUACCGUCCUCAUGAAUUUGUGCCCUACCCGUCCGAUGCUCGCACCCUUCGCGUCUAUGCUUCCUCUUCCCCCCCAAGGAAAAACAAACUGGGUUGAAAAGUUCACUCAUAACCCCGCUGCUCUUGUGGAUCAUUCCGACAAAAACAGCACGAAGAUGUUUUUUUCUGCCAAUCUGAAAAUGUAGCCACAACGCGUGUUCAUCCUGCUGCUCUUCUGCUGUAUCAGUGCUGCACUGUGGCUCCACCCCAAGGACGGAAGUGCUGGAAAACUUAUUUCGAUUUCCCGUCAGCUAAGAAGACAGAAGGCACAAGGAACUGUCUGAGUUAUCUUACAUGAAAAAAAAAAAAGGAGUUACUCUUCUUUAUAGAGUGCAGGACCACUGGAGUAUGAGAACAACGAUGUUGACCCCCCUCUGCACAGUCUUCCACCAUGUUUAUGGUGAAGCUCUCCCCAUCCUCGUGAGGAAAAUUCAAGAGGAAAAGUCUCGGGGUUGUUUUGCACAGCCCCAAACUCUCCAACAGCCUCAAGGAAAAAGCACUCCACCACUUGGGAACAGAUGUUGGUGGUGCAGCUUACGUUUUCAGGGUGAUGAUGCCUCUCUAUCAAUAUGAAAAAAAAAACAAACAGCACUUAGAUACACAAGAAUAAUUUACAGAUUUAUUAUGACUUUUUAAAUUUAUUUAUGUAUCUAGUUUCUUUCAGUUUCUACUCAAGCAAGAAUUAACUCUCCAGAAACACAAUCUCGUGCUGUAAAUAUAUAUGUAUUCGUCUUUUGUGUUCGGGUUUACAUAUUUGCUUCCUUCCACUGUCUUCGGGCCAUGAGUGCAACAGCUUCACCUUAUUUUGAAAAUCUGCCGAUGCCUUUAUUUUUCGCUCGACACGUCUUUAGAGUCAAAAAAUCUCAUCUGAUUUUAUCCAGAGAAGACCAAUUGUUUUGUUUGGGACUAUUUUCCAGUCCUACUUGGAAUUCAGAAACAUACUCGUUUGGGGGAAGCAGAACAAGAAAAAAGUGAAAGUGCCAAUCUGAAGUGUUCUGAAUGAUGGGACCUAUUUUAAGCCUCUGGCUGUCUGUUUUGACUGUGAGCAGAGACCCGGGGGAAUGUCACGUCUUCCUGUUGAUAAAAUGCCUUGGCGUCACAGCACAACAUCUACAACAAUGCACACCGCUAUGCCCCACACCGCUAUGAGUAGACCCACAGUUUUAUUUCUGUUUACAACUCUGUAAGAUUGAUAAUCAUGUCCCUCAUUUUAGCGCCUUUAAUGUGACUCCUAGAAAAAAGUGCUUUUUAACUCGUGUUAAUUAUACAUUUUUUAGGUUGUUUUAUCUCUGAGCUCAUGACCCUGGCAGCAUUUGAGCCAUACUUCCUGCUGCCAGGUCCUUUUAAAGCCAUGUUUUUUUAAUAUUGCAGUUUCCUCGACAGGAACAUGACAGUACAUGUAGCUUAUUCCAACACCUGAAGUGGGAAUAUGUGAAAUGACAGUCAGUGCAUCUUAAGUGGAUUAAGCAGAGCAUCUUUGCUGGACUGAAAUUGAGAGAUUGAUUGUAAGAAUUCUAAAAAAAAAACAACAAGUCACUACCUUUGUUUGGUCAGAUGACUGAGAAUUACCUUUAAAUGGAAGUAGACCUCAUCACUUGCUACUCCUCCCACAGAUCAGCAGUAGGCUCUGUUUUCCAGCUUGAUUUUGUCUUACAACAAGACAUUACAGAGACCAUAGAGAAGGGUUUACACUGACGUUAUGAACCCUGAAGUUAUGGUCAAAAUUUCAGCAAAAAAGAGACAUGAAUUCAGUGCAUUUUAUCCGCUUUUUAACAUCUGUGUCCUUUUGUUCUUCCACAUCUGAACCGUGCUAGUAAGUUUUAGCAGUCUCUAACAGUGUUGGGGAACAUUGCAUCCCGGGUAUGUAAGAAUAACCCGCUACUUUGAGCCACAAGCAGGCAGCCAAGUGUAGUAUGGGCGGGCGGGUGAGUUAAUGAACCAUUUAUAUUCCCCUGGAUUAAUGUGUGUAAAGUGUUUAAUGGACAGAAAUAGAGAGUGAGAUUUUAAUGUAGAUUUACUUCAAGUUGCUUUUUAGUUUUGCUUUGUCUCUAAGUCAAACUAUAGCUGUCAGAAAGUUUUACCAAGAACUUUGAAUGGUAGUAAACUAGGGCUGGGCGAUAAACCGAAAAUUUACAGAUACCGAAAUUUAUGACAAUAACUGACGUAAUUUUAUUCAGUCACAAAAAAUAAAUUAAAGUUGGUUUUGGAUGUGAGUAGGUCGGCUAUGGUCUAAUGUCCCUUUAAGAUGCUGUCCUACAUCAGAGACAUGACUUCACCCCAUUCAGUCCAAAGAGGGGGAAGACAGGUGAGGAGAUGGAGGACGGUUCAAAAGUUGUAGCGGCUGAAGUAGACGAAGUUAAUGUGGGAGGGGCUGAGCAGCUUGUGGAGUAGUUAUCGUCUAUUUAUCAUUAUCGAGGUGAACUGCUCAAUAUGUUAUGAUAUUGAUUUGAGGUCGUAUCGCCCAGCCCUAUAGGAAACAUCACAGUUGUCUGUUAGAUUAGGAAACUCUUGUAAGCUGUGUUUGACUGAGGAUAGAAUGUAACUUUGUGUAGGAAAAGGUGCCUCAGAGCAGCCCCACAAGCCCCCGACGCCCUCUCCAAUGUACCGAGGAAGACAUUUGGAUGUGCACUAAAUAAUAGUUUCAGUAAUUUCCCUGCAGUUUGGAACUCAAUCUGCAUGUGCAAAAAAAAAAAAAGUCAGCACUUUGCCCGUUUGGUCGUUGAUUGUAUUGAAAAGCCAAAGCUGGGUUCUGUUCUGAUACGGUGUUGGAUGUCCAAUGAUCGGAGCAUUAAUGGCGAGAAUGUAUUUCACUGCUAAAUUGUGCACUCAUUUUCUGUGUUUUUCGAUAGUUACAUGUUUUCCUCUCUAAAAGUCAGAUGCAGUGCCAUGAAUUAAACUGUCGGCUCCUGUUAACUUUUUCUCAAUGUGCCAAAUCGGGCGCCACUGAGGCCUGUGAAAGUGAAUGCUGGAGUCACAUCCCGCAGUAAUCAGUGUCAGACUUUUAAAAAGAAAAAGUAUGCGCUUCAAAGUUUCAAGUUCUCAAUGCCUUUUUGUCCAAGAGGACUCCGUAAGAAGAAAGCUAGCCUAGCGUGCAUGUUCCUCCAGCUGCAUUAGCAGAACGUCUGAUGUACAUUUUGAAGCGGCGUGUAUGUACAGCUACCGUCAAUCCUCUUUUUCUACAAUCUGCUUCAUGUGCGACAAACCUGUAGUGUUGGUUCCAUUUACAUUUAUCCUCCAAACUGAUUGUGUGUUUGUGUGUGUUUGCUUAUAUGCAUUUACUGUACAGGUUGCAGAGCUUCAUUGGCAGGCCCCAAUGAACACACUGUAUGUUUGUGUACACGUUCAUGUGUCUGUGUGUGAUGACACUGAGCUGCUGAAGUGGCGGUGUCCCUAAAUGUUUUAUAUGCCUUUUUGUUUUUGUUUUUUUGCAACAUUUGUAAUGAAACUUUUUUCAUACAUAAGUUGUAAAUGUUUUACUUGAAGUAUCGGGAAUCAGAACCACAGCUGUAUUUUGGUGGUCUAAAAGUGUAAAGGGGGGGUUGCGGGUAUUGAUUUAGUGCUGUUUGUGAUUGUGUGUAUUGUAUUGUAUACAAUACAACCUAAAGUUGAAGUAUUUGAGUCCAGCAUUUCAACAUGAAGAUACAACUGCUAACUGCAUCAAUGAAGGAUUCUUGAGCUCAGAUUGGAAAGAUUAAAGAGAUAUACCAGCGUAAAAUUAAGUUAGGGUCAAACACACGGUAACACCGAGUUAGACACCCCGUCGAGAGGUGAAUAUUGUCGACCGCUUGCUUCUCUAGUUAUACCAACUUUAGUAACGACCGCACUAUAGCAAUACACAGCGGUCUCAGGAGCCACUCGCUCAACUGAAACGCCACUCUAUAGCCACAAAUAAUGCUCAGAACAGCACCUAACUUCAUCAACAGUACAUAUAGGGUCACAGCCAUAGUACUAGCCACCAAACAUCUUUUUAGCUUUGCCUAAUUUCUUUAGCAAAGAGACUAAACACAACUCACCCACUCUCUUCCAGCAGCCGCUUGUUUGUAGCAAGACCUCAGACUCCAUCACCGACUGCAGUGGAGUUUCGCAGCUCAAGGAAGAACAUUUAUGAUCAUUGCUUAAUGUGAAUGAAAUCAAACCAAGACGCUAAGGCAGACGAACUACUGCGUCUGAAGUGCAAAAUGGUUAAUAUGGUGAUUAUUACUUCAAGGAAAUGAAAAAGUAAUGAUCAUAAAUGUUCUUCCUUGGGCUGUGAAACUCCACUGCAGUCGGUGAUGGACAAGUCUGAGGUCUCGCUACAAACAAGUGGCUGCUGGAAGAGAGUAGGUGAGUUGUGUUUAGUCUCUUUGCUAAAGAAAUCAGGCAAAACUAAAAGAUGUUUGGUGGCUAGUGCUGUGGUUGGGACCCUAUAUGUCCUGUUGAUGAAGUUAGGUGCUGUUCUGAGCAUUAUUUGUGGCUCUAGAGUGGCGUUUUGGUUGAGCGCUUGGCUCCUCAGACCGCUGUGUAUUGCUAUCCUGCGUUUGUGCCUAAAGUUGGUAUAACGAGAGAAGCAAGCGGUCAGCAACAUUCAUCUCUCAACGGGGUGUCUAACUCGGUGUUAGGGUGUGUUUGACCUUAACUUAUUUUUAUGCCGGAAUAUCCCUUUAAGCGGGGAAAUGGUCCAAUCAGGAACACUUAUAGAUAUUUAUUUGCAUGCAAUAAUUUAUACGUGUGUCCAUGUCAUGGUGAAGUCUCAGACUGGGAGAGCCCAGUUUACCUCCUUAGAAGUGCAUAUGUAAAAACCAAGGCAGAGAGAGCAGCAGCAAAGACAGAGUUAGAAGAGCAGGAGGAGAUCUCUUCUGACUGUUUCCAGUUUGGGUGCAGAGAACAAAUCUGCUGAGCUGUCAGAUGAUGCACUGUGGGCUGAGCUUUACGUCCUCUCAGUUUGCUUCAAAGAUCUCUUACUCCCUUACCUUGAAACCGCGUUGGUGCAAGAUGUCCGCAAAAUUUGUUGCACUAGUUAUUUCCUCCCUUGCGUGAAGGCACCAAUCCUAACUGUAUGAAAUCACAACAAUGAGAAAAUACAAGGCUAAGUUAGCUAGUUAGCCUGACUUUAAGGAUCAACAAUCUGCAGGAGGCUGAUGUAAACACAAUGACGAAUGAUCAAAGCGUCUCCUGUUGCACUGAGUAGAAGGGAAAGUCCAUUAGAGUUUUUUUUUUAUAUGAUUGUGUGCAAAGAAAUGCUGAUUUUGUUUCAAGUUUAAUGGGAUGUCCCUCUUUUUGUGCAGUAAAUCCAGUUAAAAGAAAGCUUACCAUGUCUGUCUUCAUCCCGAUAUACUUUGUUUUUGCUCCUGCCCGUUUACUUUAUGGACAGGUGUUCACAUCAUUGCGUCCUCCUGCUGAACGAAUGACCUGAUAUUUUGUAAAGUUUACUGCGGUUUUGCAGAAAACAAAAUAUCGAGAGAGAAAAAACACAAUUUCAGACUAUCCUUUUUUUCUUUUAUUAAACAAAAAAUGUGUUUUUAAAAGCCUUAGACUGGGCUUUAAUGUUGAAGGUUUUAAACUCCUCUGUGUGCAGAAAAAAGAUCUGUCACACCAAAGAGGAAAACAUGACGAAGUAUUUUCUUUAUUGAUCAUUUGUGAUCUUUUUGGAGCCCCUGAGAUGUCCCAGAAAUCUUGUAUUUUAAGAGAAAUACUGACUAAUAGUGCGUAGUUCAAUGCUCUCUUCUGUAUGCAGUGCUCUGUGUGUCACUAAUAUAUUUCCAUAACAUACCAUGCAGUCAGAACCUUAACCUAUACUAUGAAUGAAUGUACAACGGGCCAAUGUAAUGUUUUCCACAGCCUACCUGCAUGAGACUGGGUGAAGAUGAAAAUUCGUCCUCUUCCUACAUGUUUUGUUUUUCACUCUUUAGUCUGCUAAGCAGCCAUACAGAUGUUUAUAUAAAUUAAUGCCUUAAGUUCGCUCCCUGUAGGAACAGUUUUACACAAUAACCUGCAUUUUUUAAUUUUAUUUAUUAAUGUAUACUGUGUUUUAUUUUGGUUUCCUGGUCACAGAUUAAAGGUCUGUACCCUGACUGACUGACAGACUGACUGACUGGUCAUCUGAGUGUUCUGUGAAGAUGUACAAAUAAAUUUGUUAAACAUUCA